AUGAGCAGGCGUUCUCUAGAUCAGGGCCCUGACGGCCGCCCUGCUGCCAAGAAGAGCAAGCCCAGCACAGAAUGGCGAUCGGUAGGACGCGCAGACACGCACCAACCAGGUCCACACAUGGACCCUCUAUCCUGCAGUUCUUGGUCUGUCUGUGUGCCGCUUGGUUGAGCAGCGUGAUGAUAGCGUGUACUGGAGGGACUAUGGCUCGACGGGAUCGGACAAGGUGUUGGGGCUCGACCUCGACGACACACUCAUCGCCCCCAAGAGCGGCACCACAUUCCCGAUGGAUACCAAAGACUGGAGGCUGCUUUAUGGUGAUGCGCGCAAGAGAGUGCUGAAGCAACACCUGCGCAACGGAUAGGUGCAGCGAGCCACGAUGGGGUUUGAUGGGAUGGGGGUGGUGCAGUCCGAGGGCCCUGGUUGUGUGUCGUUAGGUUCAAGUUGGUGGUGUUUAGCAACCAGAACGGCGUGGUUAGGGGCAACCCGCAGAUCAAGGACCUGCAGAACAAAGUCGAUGCCAUCCAGGCCGCCCUCGACGUGCCCAUGCAAGUGUACCUCGCGUGGGCGAACCAGACACUCACACACCGCCCUCUCCUCUGCUCUCCUUUUGUAUGCGUGUGUUGGUCGGCAGGACGAAGACCGACAAGUACAGGAAGCCGCGUACGUCACGAUGAUGGCUGUAUCCACACAUCCACGCCCUUCCUCCAUCCAUCCAUCUAUCCAUCCAUCUAUCCACCCUCUCUCGUGUCUGUGUGUGUGAGUGCAUCGGUCACGCACUGGCGCGUGGGAUCUGAUGGAGAGCGACCACAACGACGGCAUCAAAAUCAAUCGCCAAGAAAGCAAAUUCCUGGGUACGUAGCCAACACACACCACACACCGCUGAGUUCCCACACGCCGCCGUCUUCGUGUGGUUGUGUGGUGUGGUGCAUACCAUGCCUGCAGGGGAUGCGGCUGGCCGCCCUGCCAGCGAUGGGCGCAAGGAGGACCACUCCGACAGCGAUCUCCAAUUUGCCCGCGGCCUCGGCGUAGAGUUCCUGACGCCCGAGAAGGCCUUUGUGAAGGGUCAGGGAACACACCAAAUGAACCUGGAUGUGGUGCGGUGCAGAUGUGUGCUGGGUGUGGGCGCUGCGCAGGUGAGAGCGCCAGUGUGUUGGCUGCUGGCUGA